GUAAACAUGGCGACUGUUAUUUUAACCUAAUAUCAGUUUUAUCAUCGGUCUAACAGUGAAACAGUAAAACACUAGGCUUAGAAGUAAAAGCCCAAAUGAAACACUUUAGAUUUUAUAAUUCCAAAUGGAUGUAACGGUGAUAUCAGAUCAGUGUUUUGUUGCCAGUUGAACGUUAAGAAUGUGUUUAGAAUAAACCAAUUAAAUAAACCCAUCAUAAGAAUUAAAAUGUAAACAAAGAUUUAUGUCAACAAGAUGUUACUGUUGUGUGGUUUGACAAGGGGAAGGUGAUAUGACCAUUUAUGAUUACAUUAAACUAAUUUAAAAUGAAUUUCUCUCAUUUAAAUUUUAGUAAUAAUUUUGUUUCCAUGCACCAGUUUAGCUCAGCAACUAAAGUAGCAGGGAACAUUCAACAAAACAUAGCAUUUAUUCCAGCUACAAGUGCACAACAUUAUCAGAACCAUUCAAAUCAUAUCAACUUUCCGAAUAAUGUCCAAGUAACAUCAACUGCUGUUAUUCAGCAUCAUCACUAUCAGGAUACAUCAUCUAGAGUUUUAAAUCAGAAUGUAUCGCCUCAGUCUGCUAAUUCAAUAUCAACAGCGACAACGAGUGCUCAAACUCAGUGGAAUCAUCAAGACCACUUAAUAAAUCGCCUGCCAAGUGAUAGUGUUAAAGUAAAUACAUCCAACUUUCCUGUUCAGCCUCAAAACAACCACAUGACACAAACCGUACAAAGAACAUCAAGAAUGGUAGUCAUGCAGAGUGUAUCAACAAUGACAGAUUUUGAGAGCCCAGGAGUUCUAGAGAGCAAACUUACUUCUAAAGAACCCACAACAAGUGAAGAUAGUGAUGAUAGUGCUAAGUCCUCCACCAAUGAUAAUCAGCAGUUCCUAAGAUCAACUUGUUCAAACUCUUGCUCAAAAAUUCAUCUAAAAAGUAAUGCAUCAGCAAUGGCUGAAUAUCUGUGUAGACUGCAACCUUCAUCAAUCCCAUCAAAUAUUCUAGAGUUUCUUAAAAGAUACAAUAUAGCAGUUAAUACUGAUAAAGCUUUACCAUUACCUGUGAAAAAAGACUGUGAGGAUAUUGUGAAAGUUAGACCUGAGAUUCGGUUAUCAACUGCCCUUGAUGGAUCCUUGCUGUAUUGUUGUUCGGAAUGUCAAAUGGUAUACCAACACAAAGAGCUGCUGGAACGUCACUUAUCAGUGCACAAAGCUGAACGGAAGUUUGAAUGCAACGUUUGUGGCGUCUGUUUGAAACGAAAAGAACACCUAGACCAGCACAAGCGUGGUCACAGUGAAGAAAGACCUUUUGUAUGUGACAUUUGUUGUAAGGGUUUCAAGAGGAAUGAACAUUUAAGGAGGCAUAUAGUGAUCCAUUCGGGGGAUAAGAACCAUGUGUGUACUCAGUGCGGAAAAGCUUUUUCACGUAAAGACCAUCUCAACAAGCACCUUCAGACACAUUCAAGCAAGCGAGCAACUGUUGACCUGAACGAACCGACAUCGCCAUUACUUCAGUUGCAACCACAAAAUAGUCAUAAGCACACAAGCAUGUAUCCCUCAAAACAAAUGACUAAUUUACAGUGACUAAUUUCAUGUUCCUACUCAUACAUUGUGUACCUUUUUCACCAAUGCCCUGAUCGGAGGAUGAAGAGCAUUGGUCGAACAGCAAAACGAUAGGCAGCUUCUUGGAUGGACCUUACAAGCAGCUUUCCUACCUGACAGAAGUCACCUUUAUGUGGUUCAAGAAGUCCACUUAUAACUCCUAUUUUUAACAAAGUGGAUUAUUUUAAAAUGAAACAAAUCAAUCUCAAGAUUAUAAUGUUGUAGAAAAUAAGAUUACUUUUUCAUCACAUGGUUAUUUUAAUCAUAAUAUCAAGACACAUUCUUGAGUUUCUUAAUUUUAUAUUUAUGUAAUUUUGUGAACUGAACAAUUAUUGUGUCUUUCGCAUUGUAAUUUUAAGUGGUCAGUUUUAAUUGUAUUUGAACCUUUCCACUCACAAGUGAGCUAUCAGUCAACAUUGUAUUUUUCCUGUUCUCAUCGUAUGUCAGUCAUCAGCCAAUUUAUUUUUUGUCUAUUCAGUAAAUAUUGGUUGAUUAUAGUUUACAGUGUUUAAAUAAAACUCUAUUUAAAAAAGAAUACAUAAAUUUAAAAAGUCAGGUACUCAUACUGUAUGUGUUACUUACAUAGUUAUGUUACGUUAUAUUAAAAUAUUUUGUCAUAUAGGAUUUAGGACUUUUGUCUUUGUUGUAUGUUGUUAUGCUUUCAAAUCACCAUUGUCAGUAAUGAACUUAAAACAGAGAACUAACCAAUUUUGUACUAAUGAAUAUAUAAACAAAUUAUAUAUAAAUAACAAAAUGAUAUAAUAAUACGAAUAAACAACAAGUAAUUAAUAAAACUUGUAUCUUCAUCACAUUCUGAUAUAUAAUGUUUAAUUUUCUUAUUAAAUUUUGGUCUUGAAUAAAAAAUUAGAUUAUUGCAUGUAUUUAAUAUACAUGUACUUAUUAUUUUAGGGCCAAUAUAGAAAGGUUUUGUGAAUAUAAAAAAAUUGUUCCUUGUAUUGAAAUAUCUGACUCUGUUUAUUAACUUUGUUCUUAAAAAAAUUGUAAUUAUUAAUAUUCCUGUAGAUGUGAAUCACUGAACUGACUAUUUCAAGACUACGUACAGUUAAUAUAUUAUUUUCCAAAAAUUCAUGUGUUACUGUAUCAAAUUUUCUGAAAUAAACAUCCUGACAGCAAAUCGUUGAUCCAUAAAUAUUGGAUUAAUGUAAUUGUUACUACUUUCCCGUGAUUAGUAAUACUAUACCUCAAGACACCUUCAUACUAAGAAAAAUACAGCUUUAACAAAAAAAACAGCAAGAAAUAGAUUCUCUCAUAAAAUAGUGCAUAGUUUGCUUUUAUCAUUUUUGUACUAGAUAAUUAUUAAAACAUCCCAUUUUCAAAUGCCUAUAAAUAAUUAAUCCCAGGUAUUUUACACUUUUUACAGGCUCACAUUCUCAAUGAUAUUUAUAAAGGUGCAUUCGACACAGGUUGUAUUCCUUUCAGAGUAUGCCAAACAUUUUGUCUUAGUAGUAUUAAUUAAUCAAUUAUAAUGUAUAAGCCAGUUAGAUAUUGCUUCUGUCAUUUGAUCGAAAGUCCUAGCCUAUUUUUGUUAUGCUAUGAAAACACCAAAGCUCACCAGCAUAUACAAAAAUCUGAGGAUUUAGUUUUAAUUUUUAACAAUUUAUGUUUAUAGAUGAUAAACAAAAGAGCCCAAGAAUCCUUCACUGUGCUACCCCAUAUUUUACUUUUACAACUCUGUUUAUAUGGUUUCAAUUUUAACUGCAGUAAAACCUUCAUUAUCGAAACUUCGAUUAUCAGAAACAACUUGAGAAGUAGUAAGAACAUAGAUAACUCAGUAGUCAGUAGAUAAGUCACCAUUCUUCCACCCCCCUCCAACGUUCACCGCCGCUCCUCCACAUCUUAUCUUGGAAUGUUAGCGCCACAAUCGCCAAAACCCCAUUACUCAGAGCUUGUCUUGCAGUGGCAAGUUCAAUGUUGUUUACUCUUGCCUCUGACUUUUUCAAAAACAUAUAAAUUUAUAUUCAGUUGAUUUUAAAUGUUCUGUAAAAUAGUAUUCUUGUUGUACAUAAUAUAAAAUAAUACAGUAAUGUUAUAAUUUGAGUACUCCUAUGCAUAUUUCCUGGAAGUUCUUUGUAUUAACAUAAGCUCGUAUUAAGGGAAAUUUUGGUUAUCUGAAACAUGUUCGGUCCCUAUUAUUUCCGAUAAUCAAGGUUUUACUGUACUUGCUUUUUCUGUUACAAAAUUAUUUUAACCAAGAUUGUAUACUUUGAUUUAAAAUUGUCUGUUACUAUUACUUUUACGGCAGUUAAACUCCCAUUUUGAAGAAAAAAUGGUUUUACUCAAUAAAAAACAUAGCCAGAUAUUUUUAGAAUACAUUAAGGAAACUACAGUUUUAAUUGAAAUAAUCUCUUAUUUACCACCUGACAAGAAAAAAACUACAAUUGUAAGCAUUACAAUCACCUGUAAGCAUAAUUGAAUUGUAAAUGAGAGUGGAAAGAGUUGAUUAUUUUAAACCAGUCAUGCAUAUAAAAUGAAUAUGAAAUUAGAAUACACAUAAUUAAUGCUAACUAUACUCAUUAUUAACAUAAUCAAGAACCUAUCCACCAUAAUGUGAUUACUUUCAUAAUAUUUGUUUUUAUUGUUUAUAAAUAAUCAUAUUAAAUGAAAUAUUAAAACUUGAA